AAAAAUGCAGAAAGUGGUUCCACUGCACAUCACCCUAAACUUGAGUAAAUGUGUUUUCUCUGAAUCUCAAUGGAAAACUCAGACCACGACGAACCCGAGAAGAAGAGGCCUCAUCUCACCUCUGUUUCUUCUCGCACAUCUAGAAACUCCAUCAACUCUCCUACCACCAACAAAACUGCUGAUGCAGGAGUCUUACAGUUUCAGAAUCAGCAGCUUGUUCAACAGAUCGACGUCCAGAAACAUGCUUUGCAUGGCCUUGAAGAAAAAAUUAGAGAAUUAAAAGGAAAGCAAAGUUCUUAUGAUGACUUGUUAAUUGCUUUGAACCAACUCUGGACUCAGUUGGUUGACGAUAUGAUUCUUCUUGGAAUACAAGCUGGGAGAGGCAAAGGCAAAGACAAGUUGCGGUAUUUGACUGACAUUGAAAAUCCUGAAGGUUCACUUCCUUUGUGUCCUGCUGAGGAUAUAUUUCUAUGUAGAUUAAUCCAGAAAGAUUCCAUUAAAGGAAUCAGUGAUGAUGAGAUCACUGGUUAUGUUGAGGAGGCCCUUGGUUUGCGUCAAUCAUCUACAAUAGAGUUGUUGAAACUCCUAAAAGAUAUUAUUGAUGAUCAGAUGGAAAGAUCAGACGGUAUAGCUCAGCUUUUGGACGGAGAUAUAUCUUCAGAAGAUGCUAUAACCCUAAUGACUAAGAUUGAUGAUAUGAUGAAAGAGGAGGCAAAUAAUUUGCAAGAAGUGAUUGAUACUCUCCAUGCAAAGCAUAAAGAGUAUACUGUUGGUAUUCAAAAUUUUAUCAAUGAGUGCUUACAAGAAAAAUCUGAUAUUAAACAUCUAGCAGGUGAGCUUGAUGAGAUUGUGGCUGAACUUGAAGAGAGUAGAAGAAAACUAGUCAAUUUGGAAAUGCAAAAGGAUACGUCAAUAGGGAUGAAUUCUCCCAAUGCAGAUGCAGUAAAUGGAAAUCUGUCUCCUGAAAACAUUGCGGACAGGACCAUGGGUUUGCGUGAGUUGAAGGAUUCAAUUGAAGAAGCAAAGAUUGUGGAAGCUGAUCGUAUCUCUGAGCUCCAAGAGGCACAGGAAGACAAUCAGACCUUGACAAAGCAAUUCCAAGAUCUUCAGAAUGAACUGAAAGAUGAUAAGUACAUACGCAGUUCACGAAUAUACUCUUUAGCUAAUGAUCAACUUCAACAUUGGACAUCUGAAUUGACGCGGUAUAAAACAUUGGUAGAAUCUCUGCAGGCUGGCAGUGUUCAUAUUGCAAAAUGGGAGAAUGAACAAAAUUUGAAAUUGGAGUCUGCUGAUUCUGCAAGGCAGCUCCUUGACAAUUCUGAUCAUAGGAUUGAUGACCUAGAGCACCAGUUGCAGAAGUGUAUUAUUGAAAAGAAUGAUCUUGAAAUUAAAAUGGAAGAAGCUAAACAGGAUGCUGGGAGAAAAGAUAUCAAAUCUGAGUUUCGUGUCAUGGCUUCAGCUUUAUCUAAAGAAAUGGGAAUGAUGGAAGCUCAAUUAAAGCGAUGGAAAGAUGCAGCUCACGAGGCUGUAUCAUUACGGGAGAAAGCACAUUCACUAAGAGAAGUAUUGAACGUGAAGACAAGUGAACUAAAGAGCCUUGCAAACAAAUGUGCUGAGCAGGUUUUGGAAAUCAGGUCUUUAAAAAUGCUGGUAAGUCUGCCUUGGCCUUUAACUUUGUGUCACUCUUGAUCUAUAGGCAUUUUCUUCUUU